AUGCCUCUGUCCUCCUACCCCCUGCACUGCUGCACACUGCACGCCGCCGCCACCGCUUCUACAGCUCAGCAGCCAUCACCCAGGCCACCACUACCCUCUACAACAUCUGUGCCAUCUUCCUCACCUAAAAUCUCAGCACCUCAGUGGUCUGUGCACCCCCAGCUUGCAGCAUCCUGCAGGCUGCCUCCCACCUCAUUCUACAAUGCUUGCACCCAGCACCAAGUUGUCUCUGUGUCCCCAGAACACUGCCUGCACCAACCUGCUUCCCACCUCAUUAUCCUUGCCCACCACUGCCCUCUACAACACCUGCCCAAGUGGUUCGUGCGCCCACUAUCAAACCUGGUCUCAGCUAAUCGCCUACGCCUACAGAUUCACCACUUGCAGAUCGCACCAUUCAGAUCCACCAACACCUGGUGUGGUCUACUUGCCUACGCCUACAGAAUCCUCACUUGGGGAUUGCACUAUUCAACCGUUUGUCCACCUGAAUCAUCACUUGGGGAUCGCACUAUUCAACUGUUUGUCCACCUGGUCCGUGCGCCCACUAUCACCCGGUCUCAGCUAAUCGCCUACACCUACAGAAUCCUCACUUGGGGAUUGCACUAUUCAGAUGUUGACCACCAGGCCACCUGGUCUACACCACUGCUGCUGCCAUUGCCAUCCCAUCAGUUCGAAGACACCACGGCUACUGCCCUUGCCAUCCUGUCAGUCCAGCACUUUCUCAAGCGUGCAGACUAUCAACAAUGCUUAGAGUGA